AUGCGUUUCUACAUUUUCUUACUCGCUGUUCUGGUAGAUUCGGCGCUGUCGCGAUCUCAAACGAUCGAUUGCAAAAUUGAAAAAUUCCAAAAACAUAUAAAUGAUAAUGAAGAGUGUCGGGAUGCCGUGUCCAUUCUUGGCGCAUUUCCAGAAUCAAGAUCAACCACGGAAAAGGUCAAGAAAUAUUUCGAGGGAAGCUCCUUUCAAGCGACUUCUUCGCCUUCGUUGGAAUAUCCCGCCUGCGAUAAGAAUCGUAACGUGAACGUUACAGAAGUUUCUGGUUCCGCAAUUAUUACACUCACUUUCCCACGAGGUAGACAAGGACAUUUCACUUAUUCUGACAUGGCAAAUCGUAUCAAGGAAAGGCUGAGAGAUGAUGCGAACAUGAAGAAGCGAGGGAAAACACCGUUUUGUCUCGGUUGCAUGCCGGGGCCAAAAAGCAUACUCACAUGUGUCAUCACUUAUGACCCGAGAAAAGCGAGGGGAAGAAGAAGGUUGCCAACUCCGACGGGAGGACUCCGCAGAAAGGAGCACCAGCACCAACACCAACAGCACCGCCACAGUGUAAGCCAACAUACCGCUGACGAAAGAUCAGCCUCAACUGCCGAUCGCAACGGGGGAAGACAAUCAUCCGAACCAGGCUCACCUCGCGGUUCCCAGCUAGAACACAGACCAUCUGCCGGUCCCAGUCCCACGGAUGCGGAAGCAACACUCCAUAGCCACGCCGUCGCUUCCCCUGAGACGGAACAGAAAUCACUUGAGCCAGAAAGAGUACCCGAACCACUUGAGAAAGACAAAGCACCCCAACGCUCACCUACAGAGGACGACGACCAACAUCUCACGCUUACCGAGAAAAUGAAUGGGGUAGGCGAACAGGAUCCUGGUACCAGUUGCGAAGAAGGAAGCCAGUCUUCGACUUGUAAGAAAAAAUCAAGCGACAGUCUUCCACCGACUCAAGGGCAAUGA